AUGUCAGAAACUGAAUCAUGUCGUAGGGAACCUGAAUCAUGUCAUAGAGAACCUGAAUCAUGUCGUAGAGAACCUGAAUCAUGUCGUAGGGAACCUGAAUCAUGUCGUAGAGAACGUGAAUCAUGUCGUAGAGAACGUGAAUCAUGUCGUAGAGAACGUGAAUCAUGUCGUAGAGAACCUGAAUCAUGUCGUAGAGAACGUGAAUCAUGUCGUAGAGAACGUGAAUCAUGUCGUAGAGAACGUGAAUCAUGUCGUAGAGAACGUGAAUCAUGUCGUAGAGAACGUGAAUCAUGUCGUAGAGAACCUGAAUCAUGUCAUGAUCUAGAGAGAACCUGA